GGCAGUUUUCAUGUUACACACUCACCUCAGCCGGUCCAAUCAGAAGACGACGCACUGCUGACGUAAUUCCGUACAUGUGACGCGCUGACAUGGAAGCCCCCACGCGUGUUUCUGCAGAGUGAAGACACGGACUGACACACGGACACUUUAGUUUUGUUCUCUCCGCUUUUCAGACAUGAGGCAUCUGCUGCGCCUGGGCCUCCAUGUCCGCCUGUGUCACCACAGCGUGUACAGCAGACACGCCAACCCACGCAGGCUGGCCGUGGACCUUGGGGAGAAGAAACUUGAGAUCUCUUCAGGGAAGUUUGCCAGAUUUGCCGAUGGAUCUGCUGUUGUACAGCUGGGAGAGACCUCCGUGAUGGUGACUGCUGUGAGCAAAACCAAACCUUCUCCGUCUCAAUUCAUGCCUCUUGUGGUGGACUACAGACAGAAAGCAGCUGCUGCAGGUCGAAUCCCCACUAACUAUUUAAGGCGAGAGCUGGGCACCACCGAUAACGAGAUCCUCACCAGCAGACUCAUCGACAGAUCAAUUAGACCGCUGUUCCCUUCUGGAUACUUUUAUGAUACUCAGGUCCUUUGUAACCUGCUGGCGGUCGAUGGUGUCAAUGAUCCAGAUGUGUUGGCUAUUAAUGCAGCUUCUGCUGCUCUGGCCCUGUCUGACAUCCCCUGGGAUGGACCCAUCGGUGCUGUGCGUGUGGGUUUAGUAGAUGGAGAGUUGCUGAUCAACCCUACUAGGGCAGAGAUGUCUUCCAGUAGUCUUAACCUGAUUGUGGCUGGAGCCCCCAGCAGUCAAGUGGUGAUGAUCGAGGCGUCGGGUGAGAACGUGCUGCAGCAGGACUUUUGCCAUGCGGUGAAGGUGGGAGUCAAACACACCCAGCAGAUCAUCCUGGCCAUCCAGCAGCUGGUGCGAGAACAGAAGAUCACCAAGCGAACCCCGGUCAAGAUCUUCUCAGCACCGACUGACAUGGUCGAACAUGUUCGGGAAUUAGCGUCUGAGAAGAUCUAUGCUGUCUUCACUGAUUACACACACGAUAAGAUUUCAAGAGAUGAAGCUAUCAACAAAGUUCGACUAGAAACUGAAGAGAACCUGAAAGAAAGAUUCCCUCAGGCUGAGCCCUUCGAAGUCAUUGAAUCCUUCAACACCGUGAGCAAAGAAAUCUUCCGCAAUUUAGUGCUUAAUGAGUACAAGAGAUGCGAUGGGAGGGAGUUAACUGCUUUAAGGAACAUUUCGUGUGACGUCGACCUUUUUAAACCGCUACAUGGCUCAGCUCUGUUCCAGAGAGGACAAACACAGGUGCUGAGCAGUGUCACAUUUGAUUCCCUGGAAUCGAGUGUCAAAGCAGACAUAAUCACCACAGCUUUGAGCGGUAUCAAAGACAAAAACUUCAUGCUCCAUUAUGAAUUCCCUCCGUAUGCCACCAAUGAGAUUGGAAAGAUGGGAGGCAUCAACAGGAGAGAGCUCGGACACGGGGCCCUGGCUGAAAAAGCUCUGAGACCAGUCAUUCCUAAAGACUUCCCUUUCACUAUCAGAGUCACUGCUGAAGUGCUUGAGUCAAACGGAUCAUCCUCGAUGGCUUCAGCGUGUGGAGGCAGCCUUGCUCUAAUGGAUGCAGGUGUGCCCAUUUCUUCAGCUGUGGCAGGUGUAGCAGUCGGCCUCAUCUCCAAGGCUAACCCAGAGAAAGCAGCUGAGAUCCAAGACUACAGAUUACUAACUGAUAUUCUGGGAAUCGAGGAUUAUCUUGGAGACAUGGACUUCAAAUUGGCAGGAACAAACAAGGGAAUCACUGCUUUACAGGCUGAUGUGAAGAUCCCAGGUCUGCCUCUGAAGGUGGUCAUGGAGGCUAUCCAACAGGCCACUGUGGCAAAGAGGGAAAUCUUGGGCAUUAUGAACAAAUGUAUAGCAAAACCCAGAGCGACUAGGAAGGAGAAUGGACCAGUUGUUGAAAACAUCCGGGUGCCUGUUUCCAAACGAGCACGCUUCGUUGGUCCAGGGGGAUAUAACCUUCGCAGGCUACAAGCUCAGACGGGCGUGACGAUAAAUCAGGUGGACGAGGAGACUUUCUCUGUGUUCGCUCCAACACCAGGAGCCAUGAACGAAGCCCAAGAGUUCAUCGGCGACCUCUGCAAAGAUGACCAAGAACAGCAGCUGGAGUUUGGAGCAAUCUACACAGCCACCAUCACUGAGAUCAGGGACAUUGGUGUGAUGGUGAAACUUUAUCCUAACAUGAGUGCUGUCCUGCUGCACAACUCACAACUGGACCACAAACGGAUCAAACAUCCUAGUGCUUUGGGUUUUGAGGUGGGACAGCAGAUUCAGGUCAAGUACUUUGGACGGGACCCAACAGACGGCAGAAUGAGACUUUCACGGAAGGUGCUCCAGUCCCCUGCUGCAACUGUUGUGAAGACGCUAAGUGAGAAACAGAGCAUCUCCAUGGGUUCAAGCAACGGCCACACGAACAGCACCGAUUUGUGACACACCAACACUGACUCUGACGUUGCCAUUAAAAGUGGAUUUAAACUGAUAUACUCCUGUUGAGAAAUCCACCAAACCAAAAGCAUCGGAUCUUGUCACAAACUGAACCGGUGUUGUUCAUAAAGAGGUUUACCCUGCCACUGUGGGUAUGGACCUGCACUGGAGUGAACUGGGGCUCAUCAACUACAGUGUCCUGUGUCCGUCACUGUGCUUCACUGGAUGUGCACAAACUGAGAAGAACACUUGGCUAAUUGUAAGCAGGAGACAUGCGUUGUCAAAAAGUUGAACUGUGUUGUUUUUUUAAGCACCUCUUUUAUGACGUCUUGUUUUCAGAUGAGCCACCACAGCUAGAAUUUACAGGAUCAAGCAGUAAGCAGGGUUUAUUUCCACCCUCUUACCGAACAGACAGUGCAAUUUACUUUUCCACAUGAGUGAUAAUCCUGCCUCCUCUGGUCUGAGACUUCCAUAUUUGGUGUCAACUGUGGCAGUGUGUCCUCUAAGCUGCCAGGAUGAUCAAGAUAUGCACAGGGACAGUAAAGUGGGAGGAGGGUCAUGUGUUAUGUUAUGUUACAAUAGAUGUGUCAUCCGUAAGUAAAAGAAUCAGUGGUUGCGUUAAAAUUGUUAAAAUUCACAACCGGUUGUACUCAACCAAACUAGUUUUAGACUAUUAAAAAUACAAUUUGAGAUAUUAAGAAGAAAAACAGCAGCACAAUAAAAAUGGUUGUGUUAAAAAAAUUAAUAAAGACAUGACAAAUUGUUUUUAAUUGUAUCCAAACUGACACCUUGAGAUCUAGGGUGUCUUUUAGCAACCAAUGUUGACAUCUUCCAAGUCAUCUUCCGUCCACCCUGGAGCACGCCUCAUCAUUUUACCAUGAUGUAAACACUCUGUCUGUGAUUCCUGUCUGGGUGGCUAAAAUGGGGAACUCAGCACCAGUUGUAAGUCGCAUGAAGACGACUGUUUGAUAUGUGGAUGAUUAGGCUGGUGGGCUCAUAAUCAAGCUGAUGAUUCCUACAUCCACGAGAUCUACAGCCAGCCCUGAGGCGCUGGAAAUGGGGGAAAUACCAAUGUCAGGAACUGCUGUCAUACUGGAUGUGGUGUCCCAUUGGUAAUUUAUCUGACAGACUGUAAAAUUGUUUAAGUAAAAAUGUGCCUCUAGCUGAAUUUAACAACAAUAACUACCAUAUUGUGAACUGAAAAUUGUUUUCUGAUUACAAAGAACAAAAGGACUCCCCUGCAUUAUCUUAUACGACUUGGAACAUUAACAUUUUUUAUAAGUAUCUCCUUUUUGGCCAGAGAAAGUUCAUACUACAGCAUCAAGUGUUUUGUUUCUUGUUUUGUUUUUUCUAGGCUGUUGGACAUUUUUGGUGCUCAAUAUCUGGACUAAUAAAGGUGGUAGAUAAUU